UUUCUCUCUCUUCUUCUUCCCCCUUCUUCCUCACAUACUCCAUUAGAGAAGAAAGCCACUCUCUCUCUCUCUAUUCAAUCUCAUUUCCAGAGGAGCGUCGGAUGUCGUCUCAUCCGAGAUGAAGACAACGAACUCCAUACCUAAGCUCUCUCUGUUAUUUCUUCAUUUCCUUCUCUUUACCAUCACCACAUACAUACCUUUCGCUAAAGGUGGUAGUCUCCGUCUGACGGAUGCAGAAGCACAUUACAUUCGACAGCGGCAGCUACUUUACUACAGAGAUGAAUUCGGCGACCGCGGCGAGCAUGUCACAGUCGACUCAUCUCUUACAUUCGAGAAUCCUCGUAUCCGGAACGCAUACAUUGCUCUCCAAGCUUGGAAGCUAGCAAUUCUCUCAGAUCCUCUCAAUCUCACAGCAAACUGGAUCGGAUCUAACGUCUGCAACUACACUAAUAUCUACUGUGCUCCAUCUCUAGACGAUCUUUCAAUAAGAACAGUCGCCGGCAUCGAUCUCAACCACGGCGAUAUCGCCGGAUAUCUACCGGAGGAGCUUGGUUUACUUACAGAUCUAGCAUUGUUCCAUAUAAACUCAAAUCGUUUCUGCGGCACUGUUCCACGUAAGUUUAACAACUUGAAGCAUUUAUUUGAGCUAGAUCUGAGUAACAACCGGUUCGCUGGGAAAUUCCCCAGAGUAGUUCUUCAGUUACCUAGUUUGAAAUUUCUGGAUCUGAGGUUUAAUGAGUUCGAAGGAGAGGUGCCGAAGGAGCUAUUUGAUAAAGAUCUGGACGCUAUAUUCAUCAAUCAUAAUAGGUUUCAGUUUGAAUUGCCACGUAAUUUGGGUAAUUCGCCGGUUUCUGUUAUUGUUUUGGCUAAUAAUAAGUUCCAUGGAUGUUUACCUGCUAGCAUAGGGAACAUGUCUAGAUUGAAUGAAAUCAUUUUGAUGAAUAAUGGGUUGAGGUCUUGUUUACCGACGGAGAUUGGGAUGUUGAAGAAUUUGACUGUGUUUGAUGUGAGUUUUAAUGAGUUUAUGGGGUCGUUGCCGGAGUCGAUUGGUGGGAUGGUAAGCUUGGAACAGCUUAAUGUUGGACAUAAUAUGUUGUCGGGAUCUAUUCCGGCGAGUAUUUGUAAGCUUCCGAGGCUUGUUAAUUUUACAUUUUCUGAUAACUUCUUUACGGGUGAACCUUCGGUGUGUUUGGGAUUGUCGGAGUUUGAUGAUACGAGGAAUUGCUUGCCGCAGCGAUUGGCUCAGCGUUCUGAUAAGCAGUGUGGGGCGUUCUUGUCAAGGGCUGUGGAUUGUAGUGCGUUUAAGUGUAAGCCUUUUGUUUCUACUAUUCCGGCACCACCACCUCCUCCGCCCAUAUUCUUUCCUUCACCGCCGGUUCAUGUUUCGCCGCCGCCGGUUUAUGUUUCUCCUCCAGUAUACUCCCCUCCAUCUCCUCCACCUUCACCGUCUGUUUACUCCCCUCCAUCUCCUCCUCCGCCACCACCGGUUUACUCGCCUCCUCCGCCACCACCGGUUUACUCGCCUCCGCCUCCACCACCGGUUUACUCGCCUCCGCCUCCACCACCGGUUUACUCGCCUCCACCUCCACCACCACCGGUUUACUCGCCUCCGCCUCCACCACCGGUUUACUCGCCUCCACCUCCACCACCGGUUUAUUCGCCUCCUCCACCACCACCGGUUUACUCGCCUCCACCUUCACCACCGGUUUACUUGCCUCCACCUCCUCCACCACCUUCACCUCCACCACCGCCUGUAUACUCGCCUCCGCCACCCAUUUACUCGCCUUCACCGCCUCCUCCACCUCCUUCGCCUACACCCUUUUACUUCAAUUCACCACCACCUCCUCCUCCGCCUUCACCGCCUAUGCCCUAUUACUAUUAUUCUCCGCCACCACCACCACCUCCACAUUCUCAUCCUCCGCCACCUUCCUAUGUUUAUUCAUCCCCACCUCCACCGUUGCCUCCAGUUCAUUCUCCACCUCCACCGAUGUCUCCAGUCUAUCCACCCCCUCAACCACAAUUACCUCCUUGUAUAGAACCACUGCCUUCACCACCACCACCACAACAUCAUGAUGUCCAUCACUCUCCUCCUCCUCCUCCGCCAGUACAAUAUUAUUCACAUCCUCCUCCACCACCUCCAGAAGUAUACGAGGGGCCAUUGCCACCAAUUUUUGGAGUUCCAUAUGCAUCACCUCCACCACCUCCUUUCUAUUGAUUCUUUUUUUUAAAU